AUCACUCUCUACUCUACUUUUUGCUAAGACUAGUUGUAGUCGACUGACUUGUAGCUGUAGUUGUAGCAGAGUCUCUGUCUGUCAGGCAUCAUUUUUCCACGCAAAGUCUUCUCAUCUUCAUCAGUCGUUUAUUAUUCGAUUCGAGACACCUUUUUAGCCCACUCACUCAAUCAGACAUUAAUUGUGUGUAUUCGUGUCCUGUUGUAGUCUGUCUCUUCCCUUAGCUUCGAAGGAAGCAAAACAAAACCCAUUGGGGAGGGUAAAGAGAGACUUCCUUACCUCUAGUUUUAGUGUUCUUGCAUGUACAGUUGAUGCUCCUCGUAUCGUACCAGAACAAUGAAGGGGAGAGGGGGAUGGGCUGAACAUGUUGCCUUCAUCGAUUUGGUGUUUUCCUGGUCUCGUCGAGACAUCUUUGAUCACAAUCUCUACAGACAUCAGGUGAAGACAAUUCCAGAUGUGUUUGAAAGUGUCGACGAAUACCUCAAUUCCUAUGUCUUCCCAUUGCUAGAAGAGACGCGGUCUGAACUAGCUUCCGCCUUUGAGGUUGCCUACAAAGCACCAUUUGCCAAACUAACUCAGCUUUGUGAGUCAAGGAAUGGUGAGAAAUUGGUGUACGAUGUUGAAGUAGAUCUUUGGAGGAACAUAGUGAAAGAUAGCGAUGGGAAGCCUUACAGAACCUUGCCGGGCGACAUUCUCCUGAUUUCAGACAGGAAGCCGGAGACUGAUUCUGACAUACAAGGUGAUGGUUGGACGUACACAUUAGCAUCUGUAAUAAAGAUAUUCAACGAGGAAGAUGAUGGCGCCAUUUCACCAUCGUUGGUAUUCAAAAUCAAAACAGCUGUCCCCAUUGACGUCGAGGAUAACUCAAAUAAGUCACUCUAUGCUGUUCACUUAAUGAAUGUGACGACAAAUGAAAGAAUCUGGAGCGCGCUCCGCAUGCAUUGGAAUCUGAAGAUCAUUUCAAAAGUGUUGGACAGAAAUGCCGUGGAUGAUGAACGUUGUGAAUUUUGUCAUCCCAAAUACGACGACGAAAUAGAGGAGAUUCUCGGCUCUGUUUUAAUGUCCAAGUUGAAUGAGUCGCAAAGGAAGGCAAUUUUCGCCACUCUCGGCGCUAUUGAAUGUGACCACAAGCCGUCUGUAGAGCUCGUCUGGGGACCUCCCGGAACCGGAAAGACUGCCACAUUGAGUAUUUUGCUGUAUGGUCUCUUGAAAAUGGGCGUAAGGACUCUGGUUUGUGCGCCGACGAAUGUGGCGAUUACUGAACUGGCGUCGCGGCUUGUGGCAUUGGUGAGGAACUCUGUCGAGGAUGACUUGGUAUGUCCUUUAGGGGACAUUCUCCUUUUCGGAAAUAAGGACAAUCUGAAAAUUGGACCGGACAUUGAGGAGAUCUUUUUGGACAACCGUGUCAAAGUUCUCUUCAAUUGUACUCUCGCGGCAACCGGCUGGAGGCAAUCAGUUUUCGCCAUGCUUGAUUUUCUGACCAACGUGGUGUCUUUGCAUGAAGUGUACGUAGAAAACGAGCUCAUCAAAGCGAAGGAGGGUCAAAACGAUGAUGUUCAGCAACCUGAUCUCAAAUCAUUUCUACAAUUCGCUAGGGAACGAUUCAAACAUGUGGCACCAAAUCUAGAAUCUUCGCUAACGACAUUACUUACUCAUCUCCCAAGAAGUUGCAUUUCCGAGAGCAAUGCUCAGAUGAUUGAGCAGGUAAUAUCUCUUCUUGAGUCCAUGAAAAUUUUGUUGUUAGAUGAUCGUAGCAUGACAUCCGAGAAGUUGAAGAGGAUCUUUGAAGCAAGUGGUUCGGAGGAGUCAGUAAGCGCAUCAUCCUUUGUACGUAUCAGAAGCCAGUGCAUUUCGAUUUUGAAGUAUCUGAACUCGUCCCUCACCGAGCUUGUUAACAAUGGAAUUGCAAGCAAAGAUUCAUGUAUAAAAAAUGCUCGGUUAAUAUUUUGCACUGUUUCAUCCUCGUUCAUUCUGCAUUCGGUUGAUACGGAGCCGUUUAAAUUACUGGUCAUUGAUGAAGCUGCGCAAGUAAGGGAAGCUGAAUCAAUCAUAGCCCUUCAAACCCGUCAGGUGACUCGUGCUAUCUUAGUCGGCGAUGAAUGCCAGCUAACUGCAACGGUCAUGAGCGAGUUGGCUAAAGAAGCUGGAUUUGCGAGAAGUUUGUUUGAACGACUGAGCUCAUUGGGUCAUCACAAGUAUUUACUUAAUAUGCAGUAUAGAAUGCAUCCGUCAAUUAGUCGAUUCCCUAACUCGAGAUUCUACAGCAACUUAAUAUUAGAUGCUCCUGCCGUAAGGUGUGAAAGCUAUGAGAAACACUACCUUAAAGGUAGGAUGUUCGGUCCGUAUUCCUUCAUGGACAUUCGUGGAGGGAAAGAGGAAUUUGAUGAGAUCCGGCGCAGUAGAAGAAACAUGGUUGAGGUAGCUGUAGCAGUGAAGAUUGUGCAGAAACUCUUUAAAGCUUGGAGCUCCAAGUGUCCUACAGAGAAACUUACCAUUGGUUUAGUGUCUCCCUACAAUGCGCAAGUCGCGGCAAUUCGAUAUAAAAUUGGGAAGAAGUAUGCCGACUUUGAUGAUUUUGUGGUUAAGGUGAAGUCCAUCGAUGGUUUUCAAGGUGGAGAGGAAGAUAUCAUAAUUAUAUCGACUGUGAGGUCGAAUAACGUUGAAUCUAUUGGUUUCUUGUCUAGUCCUCAACGAGCAAACGUUGCAUUGACCAGAGCACGGCACUGUCUUUGGAUUUUAGGAAACGAAAGAACAUUGCGCAAACCAGGUUCGGUAUGGGAAGCAUUGAUUAAAGAUGCCAAGCUUCGUGACUGCUUCUUUAUUGCUGAUGAAGAUAAAGAUAUUGGAAAGACUAUCAUGGAUGUUAAGAAAGAGAUGGAGCAGCUCGAUGAAUUUCUCGCCACGGACAGUAUGCUAUUUCAUAAUUGUAGAUGGAAGGUUUUAUUCAGUGACAACUUCCGCAAAUCAUUUCAGAAAUUGAAACCUUCCUAUGUGAAAAAGCAGGCUUUGAGUUUGUUAAUCAGACUUGCAAAUGGUUGGCGCCCGAAGAUGAAUGUCGAUUGGACGUUCGAAAAAUCUUCGCAUGUUGUGAAAAGAUUCAAGGUUGAGAGGUACAACAUUUUGUGCACGAUUGACCUAACGAAAGAAUCGAACUACAAGCAAGUUUUGAAAGUUUGGGACAUACUUCUUGAGGGAGAGGUGCACAAAGUUUUGAAUCGCCUUGAAGGCAUAUUUGCCAUGUUUACGGAUGACUUUAUCAGCCACUGCAACGAGAAACUCUUUGAGGGGACUUCGGAAGUGCCGAAGACUUGGUGGAAAGCUAAGGAUAUAAUCCGUUACAAGAAUGCAAGCGAUGCUAACUCAAGCGACAGCAAAAGUGCUUCUGCUGCCGACUGCGGAAGUUGUGUUGAGAAUUCAAAAGUUAAUGAAAGCUUGCUGUUGAUGAAAUUUUAUUCCUUAUCAAGUGACACUGUAAAUCAUUUACUGUAUGAUGCCGAGGAUCAAGAAGUUGAUCUCCCGUUCGAGGUCACCGAUGAGGAGCGUGACAUCAUAGGAUUUUGUCGGAGCAGCUUCAUAUUGGGAAGAUCUGGCACAGGAAAAACAACUAUUUUAACUAUGAAGCUUUUCAUGAAGCUACAGCAGUACUACAUUGUUUCUCGAGAUUUUCAAACAUCAGGUGGAUCGAGGGUGAAUGUUUUGCGCCAGCUGUUCGUUACCGUGAGUCCUAAACUCUGCUAUGCUGUAAGAAAGCACAUAUCUCGGCUGAAAAGGUUUGCAAGGGGCGAAAUUUGUGGAGGUGACAAUGUUACUGAUGUAGAAGACAUUGAUGACAUGAUCGGGUUUAAAGAUAUUCCGGACACUUUUGUUGGCAUCAGUGCAGAUAAGUAUCCUCUGGUAAUAACAUUUCACAAGUUUCUGAUGAUGCUCGAUGGCACAAUAGGAAAUUCAUAUUUCGAGAGGUUUCGUGAGCUCCGAUGUUCCCCUCAAAAUGAUGGUGGACGACGAUCAGUUGCCCUGGAUGCAUUCCUAAGGAACAAAGAGGUCACAUUCGACCACUUCCGGUCGUCCUACUGGCCUCAUUUCAAUUCUAAUCUCACAAAGAGCCUCGAUCUAUCGAGAGUGUUCACUGAAAUAAUGUCUCACAUUAAAGGAGGGCUGCAAGAAGGUGAAGAAUGUGACAUCAAGAGAAGCAGACAUGCCUACCAGUCAUUAUCUGAUAGCCGAGUGUCGACAUUAACUGCAGACAAAAGGGAUAUGAUAUAUGACAUCUAUGAGAGCUAUGAGAAAAUGAAAAAGACUCGUGGUGAAUUUGAUAUGGCAGACUUUGUGUUAGAUGUUCAUCGCAGGCUCGAAGAAUCAGGGGAACUUCUCGGUGACAAAAUGGACUUUGUCUACAUUGAUGAAGUGCAGGACCUUACCAUGAGACAAAUAUGCCUUUUCAGGUACAUAUGCAGCAAUGUUGACGAAGGUUUUGUUUUCUCCGGCGAUACGGCACAGACAAUUGCCAGAGGGAUAGACUUUCGGUUUGAAGAUAUUAGGUCUUUGUUCUACAAUGAGUUUUUCAUGAAGUCAAAGAGCUCACAAUCUUCGGGAAGAAAAGAGAAAGGGGUGAUAUCUGAUAUCUUUAGUCUAUCACAAAACUUCCGGACUCACACCGGAGUACUUAGAUUAGCACAAAGUGUGACUGAUCUCAUUUCCCAUUUCUUCCCACAAUCCAUCGAUGUUUUGGCUCCGGAGACGAGUCUCAUAUAUGGCGAGCCCCCCAUUUUUCUGGAGCCUGGCAGUGAUGAGAACUCGAUCGUAUCAAUUUUCCAGAACAGUGCUAGUGCCGGUGAAGAAUGGGUUGGUUUUGGCGCCGACCAGGUCAUACUAGUAAGGGAUGAUUCUGAGAAAAUGGAAAUCUCGAAGUAUCUUCACAAUCAAGCUCUUGUUCUCACGAUACUCGAGUGUAAAGGCCUCGAAUUUCAGGAUGUCUUGUUGUACAACUUUUUCGGUUCUUCGCCUUUGAGGAACCAGUGGAGAGUUGUGUAUGAAUUUUUGAAUGAAAGAGAACUUCUUGAUGCUGAAUCUCCCAAGUCCUUUCCGAACUUUAGCCAAUCAAGACACAAUUUGUUGUGCUCAGAGUUGAAGCAACUUUAUGUGGCAAUUACUCGAACUCGGCAGAGGUUGUGGAUCUGUGAGAACAUCGAGGAAAUAUCUAAGCCUAUGCUUGAUUACUGGAAGAAACUGUGCCUUGUGCAAGUGAGGAAGCUCGAUCACUCACUCGCCCAAGCUAUGCAAAGGGCGAGCAGCGCCGAGGAGUGGAAGUCACAGGGAAUCAAGCUGUUUAUGGAAAAAAACUUCGAAGUGGCAUCUAUGUGCUUUGAAAAAGCCGGUGAAGAAACAUGGGAGAAACGCGCCAAAGCUUCUGGUCUUAGAGCUUCAGCGUACUCUUUCAGAGGUUCAAAUCCUGUCGAGGCGAGUACAUUGCUUCGAAAUGCUGCGGAAAUAUUUUAUUCCAUUGGAAGAGCUGAUUCUGCAGCAGAAUGCUUUUAUGACUUGGAAGAAUAUGAAAGAGCAGGAAAUAUAUAUAUGCAGAUGGGUGGUGUGUCUGAGCUAAGGAAAGCCGGCGAAUGUUUCUGUUUAGCUCAAAAUUACAGAACUGCAGCUGAAGUUUUCGCCAAGGGGAACUUUUUCAAUGAGUGCUUGACUGCCUGUUCUAGCGGAGAUCUUUUCGACUUGGGCUUGCAAUACAUCGAGUCGUGGAAACAGGAAGCGCAACGGAAUAGUAUAAUCAUGGCAAGAAUCACUGAGAUCAAUGAUACUGCGUAUGAAUUCUUGGAGAAAUGCGCCAGGAAGUGUCACGACAGAAAGGAUAAUGUAAUGCUGAUGAAAUUCGUUGGAGCUUUUCCGACGAUGGAGUCCAAGCGCAACUUCUUAGAGUCUUUGGACCGCCUUGCCGAUCUGUUAGUUUUGGAGGAAUCGAUGGGAAACUUCUAUGAGGCUGCUGUUAUUGCAAAGCGUAUUGGGGACACUAUGCGCGAGAUCGAUCUACUUGUAAUGGCGGAACAGUUCAAAAAUGCAGCCUCGCUUGUUCUUUGUUAUGUGCUUACGAAUUCUCUAUGGCUGCCCGGAGGUAGUAAGGAUUGGCCACUCAAGUCCUUCCCGGAGAAGGAAAUCCUUUUAGCUAAAGCAAAAUCGAUUGCGCAGAGAGUUUCCAAAGCAUAUCAUUCUUCAGUCUGCUCUGAGGCGCGAGUAUUGUCCCAUGGGACGAUAAGCCUUCCUGAAUCGAUGCAGUGCUACAUUGAUUCGAAGCAAAAUGGGACUGAUGUAGGCGAAAUUAUCGCCAUCCGGAAGCUUCUAGAUGCUCACUUUGAAGUACAUCCUGCGAACCUGAAAGGCGAGGUCGAAGCUGAUGUUACUCCAGAUUUGUUGGAGGAAAGGAUUUUGCGGAAUCAUGUCUCGAUUGCUACGCUGUUUUACAUCUGGAAUUUAUGGAAGACGAAGUGUUUGAGUAUCUUGGAAUGCUUAGACUCCCUUGGGAGCGCGGACUUUAUCAAAUGCGAAGGAAUCGUUCGAUUUUGCUUUAACUACUUCGGAGUGAGGUUGCAGAAAGAUACGAGCGUAAAAUGCAUCGUUCUGAACUGUAAAGCGGCAUGGUUCAAGAAUGUCGACGAAAGAUUUGUGCUUCACAGCGGAAAGUUAGCGAUACUCGAUGCUCGCCAUUUUGCAUCCGCAGCUCGGAAGCAUUGGCAGCAGGAAUUUCUUUCUGUGGGAUUACGCGUGCUGGAAAUUCUGAAAUCAUUUUACAGGCUUCCUGCGUCGAAGGGCUUGUCGAAAGACUGUUUGAACAUAUGCUUGAUUUAUAUUUUCGACAUUGCGAAAUUCUUCGUCGAAAAGAAAUCGUAUGCUGCGAAGAAAGCUGAAGCGGGGAAGCUGCAGGGUUACGUCGAACUCUCGAUGAACUACUUCGAAAAUGCUUUCCCUUUGGAUCCACGGCAGUCGUUGUCCGAAAACAUGGUUUAUACUAGGGGAACUCAACUUUCGAAGAAUCUACUUGAGCACGUUAUCGAUAUUAAUAUUAGCAAUUCGGGUGACGAGAUCACAUACGGGCAGCUCGGACGAGUGACGAUGAUCCUACUCGGAUCGGGCAUGCCUUCACACGACAUUCGUUGUCUGAUUGCCGAAAGGCUUGGUAAGAGUUCUACAUGUUGGAAGCCUUUCUUCGAAAAUCUUGCUGAGUAUUUGCGAUGUGGGCAUCGAGAAGUAGUGAGUUACGAGCUUUACAGAGCAUUAGAGGAAGCUUACAACGUGAAUUGGACGGCGAAGGAUUAUAUAUCUCCCAAGUGUUUCUUCUAUCUCGUCGAAAGGCUUUUGAUUUUGGUUCCUUACGGUUCGAGCUUCUUCUUCGCUUCAAAGUCUUCAUUUUCCGAGUAUUUAUUGUGUCUGAAUUCUGAUGCGAAUCCGGCUGCCAUGUUGCUUUCGGAGGAGCCGUCCGAUGCAAGAAACAUUCUAAAUUUCAUCCACGACUGCAUUCAGCAAUGUCUGAACGACACUAUGUCAACUGCGGGUUGGAUCAAGGCUUCGGGCAUCAACUGCAAGUACUAUUUUCCUGUCCUGCUGCUGAGGUUGUUUGUGAUUCUCCUUCUUCUAUGUCUGAACUCGGGGUUUAACGUACCUGCGGUUCUUAAGCUGCUGAGACUUCCUUACAUCAGAUCGCAGCUGCCGAAUAAAUUUUGCAAUUUGCUGUGUAAUUGGUGGAGGAUAGGCGACGACGCGUCCAAGGUGGCUGCAGUUGCGGCAGCGUUCGAGUCUGUCGGGGAUCCUCUUGUGGUAGUUUCCGUGACUGGGGAUUGCCCGAAAUCGUUGUGUCCUAAGGACGCGAUUCCAAUCGAACUCGAGUCGUUUAAGACAAGUGGCGAGGCUGUAAGAGAACUGUUUCCUCGGAGAAUUGAUGUCGAGCUGCCGUCUCCGUCUCCUUCUCCUCCGGUUUGUGACAGCAGCAGUAGCUGCAUUGUGGAAUCGAAAUCGAAGGCUGAUAAUGCAGCGAGUCAUGGUGAAUGUAUCAGUGGCAGUGUUGGUGGUGAAGACGAUGAUAGGCAGAAAGAUGAAGACGACAUAAGUAGAACUACUGCUGCUGCUGCUGCUGCUGUUGAGGUUGAAGAAGAUGAAGAAGAAUGCAGCAGUGUUCAGCAGCGGAAUAAGAAGAAGAAGAAAAAUAAGAAACCAAGAAAAAGAGGUGGGAAAAAGUGAUUUAAUAUAUAUGUGUGUAUGUAUCUUUCAAGGUUUUGGGUGAUCUCCAGCCAGAAUAUUUAAUUAAGGAUACGGGGAUAUGUUUCUUUUCUUAAAUUUCUGUUUAAACUAUGUGCUUUUUAAUAGAUAAAUAAAAAAUAAAAAUUCUCACAAAA